AAUCGACGUAAGUUUGCCACAUUCUUCUGUUUAAUCCUUUGUCCCCAAAGACAAACUUUCUUCCAGCCGAGGUUUCUUCCAGACGAGAUCAAUGGUAUCAUCAAAGACGCGCUGGAUCAAUCGCUCGGAAGCAACCAGUUUAGGCACGACAAGGUGACGGAUUGGACAACCAGCGUUUGCGAAGUUUGUCUCAACAAUCUUGUCAAGCUUGACAAGCCCUUCAAAUAUGCCGUGACGUGCUUGAUAAUGCAGAAGAACGGUGCGGGGAUGGUCACCGCCACAUCCUGCUUCUGGGAUACCGCGGCCGAUGGUAGGCAUAUUCCUCGAAUCUUUCCCGAAUUGAACACACCCGUCCGUACAGGGAGCAAAACCAUACGGUGGGAGAACAAAACCAUGUACUGCAUUGUCACAGUUUUUGGCCUCCAGAUCUAAAAUGUAAAUACCAUGUUACCAUGGUAGUGAA